AUGAUAUUGGUCAAAUUAUCCGGUCUGGUCCUAUUGGCCUUGGUAAACUUUACCGCGGCAAAAGAUUGCACUUUGGAUAGCUUCAAUGCAACAGUUGGAGGGCGUGCCAAGCUUUUAACCCCUUUUGCCUUGCCCUGCUUCUCCAGCUACAAUGGGGAACCGGUGGCUCGCGACGAUGCUGCCUGUGCUGCCAUUCAGGCGAACUACUCGGAUCCCUGGCUACGAACAAAUGCCCCUAAUGGGUAUAUGAACAACCAGGAUGAGAUGUGGGCGUCCGAUCCUAGGGAUCAGUGUCUCCUCGACAGCGGCAACCCCAGGGAUCCCCUAGCGUUCGUGAAUACCACUUGUCGUCAGGGCAAUCUACCCUCUCACUAUCUGGAAGUGCAGAGUAAAAAGGAUGUGAUCAAAGCUUUCAAGUUCUCCAAAUGCUCCGGCAAGAAGCUCGUCAUCAAAAACAGUGGCCAUGAUUACCUCACCCGCAGCAGUGGCCGGGAUACGCUAGCCCUUUGGACACGAAACCUUCAAUCGAUGCACUACAGGGCAGACUUUGCUCCCCACGGCUCCAAACAGGCCGAUCGCAGAUACAAAGCUAUCACCGUCGGCGCCGGAGUUAACUUCGAUGAGGCGUACGAAUUUGCACAGAGACACAACGUAACUUUAAUCGGUGGCUACUCCCCCACCGUCGGCGUAUCCGGUGGCUGGAUCCAAAACGGCGGCCAUUCCAUCUUGAGCCCCGUGUACGGUCUCGGCGUUGACCGUGUCCUCGAGUUCAAGGUCGUGACCCCUGACGGGGUCUACCGCACCGCCAACGAAUUCAAGAACCCCGACCUCUUCUGGGCCCUUCGUGGUGGCGGUGGUGGAACGUUUGGCGUAGUUCUCAAAAGCACGCAUCAAGUCGAACCUGCGAUCCGCUUUGUCGCUGCCAUCAUCAAAUUCCCCGCCAACUCCACCAACAUGCUUCCUUUCAUGGAGCUUGUCGUCAACAAUACUCUGAAAUGGGGCCAGGAAGGAUGGGGUGGCCACAUCACCGGUAAUACCCUCGUCAAUAUCUCUCCUUUCCUCUCCGUUGCGGAAGCCGAGGUCUCCCUGGCAAGCGUAAUCACCUACGCCAACGCCAACGGCGGCUCCGCCACUGUCGAAGAGUUCACUUCUUGGUACCCCUUUUACGAAAAAUACGUCAAGACCAGCUCCGUCGCUGUCGGCGUCACUCGCUUCCCUGGAAGCCGCCUGAUUCCCCGCUCCAUCUUCGAAACCGUUGAGGGCCGCAAGAACCUCAUGGAUUACUUUGCAACCAUUCAAUCACUGGGUCAGACGCCGUAUAUCCCCGUCGUCGGACCGGUGUUGUACAACUACACCGAGGGAUCGACCAGUGCGUCUCCCGCCUGGCGUGAGGCUAUCUGGGAGUUGGGAUCCGGUGCCUCCUGGCAGUGGAACGCGACCCUUCCCACCCGGAAACAGAAGAUCCAGUCCAUUCAGAACAUGACGGCCAUUAUUGAGGGCAUUACCCCUGGCAGUGGUGCGUACAGCAACGAAGCCAACCCGUUCACGACUGAUUGGGUCGAGGCGUGGUGGGGUGAUAACUACGAGCGAUUGGUGAGCAUUAAGAACAAAUAUGAUCCCAAUGGUUUGUUGAGUUGCUGGAAGUGUGUGGGCUGGAAUGACUCGCAGGUUGCUGAAUCGCCCUUUGCUGCGCUUCUUUGA